AUGCAUUUCUCAUCUAAUCACUCACCUUCUAAAACACUAAACAAGCGUCAAUCUACUCUUCCUACAUUUGGCCAUGUAUCAGAAUUUGAUUAUAAACGUGAUGCGAAGUAUUUAUCCAAAAUAUUGAAACAAUGUAUAACAGCACAUACAUUGGAUUUAGAUGCUAUUCUUCAUUUUUUAUCAUCAUAUACAUGUGAACAACGUAUUAUUCUUGUUCGUGAUCUUGAAUUUGAAUAUGAUUAUAAAUUAAUUGAUAUGGUACUCGAAAGACCUGAAUCUCCAAUGCGUUCAUGUACAUUAGCAAUGUUAAUUGAACCAGUUGAAUUAUAUGUACGUGAUUUUCAUGAUUUACUUACAUAUAAACAAUUGAAAAAAAUCGAUUAUGAUAUAUCAAGAAAAUUAGUUGAAAUUUUAUUACCAUUAAACAAUGAGGAUAUACACAAAUUUAAAGAAACAUAUGAAAAUUUAUUUGAAAGUUCUGUAAAAGAUGAUAUUGAUAUUGUUCAAGGUGUUGAAAAUUUAAUAACAAAUUUACUUAAACAAUUACUUGAAGGUAAACGUUAUGAAGAAUCUGGUCAUUCAGCAACCGUAGCUAAAAAUAUAGCUAAAAAAUUAUAUGACGCUGGUGAAGGUACACCUGGUAUUGAUUAUGAUACAUUUAUAAGAAUUUUUACACAUGAUGCUUUUUCACAAUUAUCAGCUAUAUUUGAUGUAUAUGAAGAUAAAUAUGGACGACCAAUACAAGACGCAAUUGAACAUGAAUUUCAAGAAAAAAUUGAAAUUGAAUGUUUUCAAGAUAUGGUCGAAUAUGUACGAUCACCAAGUAGUUAUCAUGCUAAAAUACUUCGACAAGCAUUAGAUAAAACACCAAUUGAUUACGUUACUUUAAUACGUACUAUUAUUGGUCAUGAAGAUAAAGAUUUAGAUGAAAUAUGUUUAGAAUAUUCAAAAAUUUAUGAUGAAACACUCGAUCAAACAGUUAGAAAUCAUAUUGAUAUUCAGGAAAUAAAACGUUUAUUUACUCUUAUUAUAACACAUGGGCGAGAUGUACCACCAACUGAAUAUGAUCCAGUGCGUUUUGAUCAAUUUCAUACUAAUGUUCCAACUAGUCCAGGAGCAGUUUCAACAUCAUCGUCAAUCGGAAGUGCUAAUGGAAUGAGAAGGAAUCGAUCACAAGAAGCAUUCGAUAAAAUUUGCAAUGUUUUUAAAAUAACUCGUCCUCAUUGA